AGGCGCCAAAAUACACCCAUGACAAUCGACGAUUUCACUCGUAAUUUGGCCGGUGUGAAUGGAGGGAAGGACUUUGACAAAGAAAUGCUUUCCAAAAUGUAUCACGCCAUUCACAACGAAGAAAUCGUCAUGCCUGCUGAGCAUUCGGGAAUUUUGCGGGAAAAUUACGAAUGGAAGGUGCUGCUUCGUCGUGGGGAAACAUCAGAGGGCACGUACACGCAUGCGAUGGCCGGUGUGUUUGACCACGACUUCAACGAAGAAAUCGUCAUGCCUGCUGAGCAUUCGGGAAUUUUGCGGGAAAAUUACGAAUGGAAGGUGCUGCUUCGUCGUGGGGAAACAUCAGAGGGCACGUACACGCAUGCGAUGGCCGGUGUGUUUGACCACGACUUGUUCUCGCUAGUUUGGGGCCCAGUAGUGGCUGCACUGAGCUACGCCUUUGACCGAUCCGUGCAACCCCAGCUGGUGAAGAAGGCAGUGCGGGGAUUUCGGAAAUGUGCCAUGAUUGCGGGCCACUAUGGAAUGAGUGACGUGUUCGACAACUUGACCAUCACUUUGUGCAAGUUCACCACGCUUCUGAGCAGCAACGAAGUGAGCGAGAUUACCGAGGGAUUGUUUUUGUCUCCGGAAGCUGCGCUGAUCACCUUUGGAGGAAACGCCAAGGCGCAUCUGGCCCUGCAAACAGUGUUCGCGCUGGCCCACAAACACGGAGAUAUUCUGCGCGAAGGAUGGAAGAACCUGCUGGAAUGCAUUUUGCACCUGUUCAAGGCGAAGGCUUUGCCGAAAUGUUUGAUUGAAGGAGAGGACUUCGUGGAUCCGAGUGGAAAAGUUAGCUUGAUCCGAGAGGACGCGCAGUCGCAAGCGAGUCAGCGAACGGAUUCCGGGUUGUUGAUAUCGCUGUAUUCUUACAUUACCUCAGAUGCCACUAGUACAAAGGGGCCGACGCCAGAAGAAGAGCAACUGCUCAAAGCUGCGAAAAACUGUGUGAAAGAAUGUUACCCAGAACAACUCAUUACUGAGUCGAAAUUCCUACGCAUUGAGUCACUCCAGGAAUUGGUGAAGGCUCUAAUAUUGGCGUCAGCACGCCAAGAACCAGGAGGCAACUUUGACGACAAGAGCACGAUAUUCUUUAUGGAAAUGCUCGUGAAAGUUGUGUUGCAGAAUCGCGAUCGGGCGCAAGCGGUGUGGAAGCCAGUGUGUGACCACGUGUGUGGCCUGAUAUGCAGUGCCUCUGGAGUCGGAGAAAGAGCCUUUUUGCUUGAACGCUGUGUCGUGAGCCUACUUUGUAUGGCAACACGAUUGAUGCGGCGGGAAGAGCUCACUGGACAAAUACUGGGUUCCCUCCGGGUUUUAUUUGUUUUGCUCUCGCCCGACGCUCAUUUCCGGUUCCCGACGCACGGGUGCUCUCUCAAGUUGCAUCGAGAGAUUUCCUUUGGUCUGCAUGAAUUACUGAAGACGAAUGCGGCCAACAUUCAUUCGGGUCCGGAUUGGACGAUUUUGUUCUCGCUCUUGGAAUGUUUUGGGGCAGGGGCCCGACCGCUGCCAGCACUGAUUCCGAUUGCGUUCAAAGGUCAUCACGCCUCUAAAAAAGAAGGCUUUGAGGAAUCAGUGGGACGAGGCUCGUUGAGUGACGCUGGACAAACAAGUGCUGUGGAAAGCAGCAGCUGGUCUUCUGGCGACCGAGGUUAUUUGUCCGACUCGGAAGUGUUUGAGCAAGGCAGUGCUGGAGAAAACCGACGUGGACGAAGGAUGGAAGGUGCGAUGAACCGGGUGCCGAGUGCGGAUUUAGUUUACAAACCCUCGCCGCCACCGCCGCCGAUUAACGAUGAUCCGACUCAGUCUUCAGGGUGGCUCUGGGUUGGGAAAGAUGGCGAGAUGGAGCCGGUAAUCGUGAGUGCCUCGUCGCCACAUCCCAUUUUAGGCGCCCACGAUCCCGCUGCAUUUUUGCGAAGUUGCGACACGUUGACAUUCCUUGUUCGGGAUGCCGCCCACGUGACUCCGUUCAAUUUCGCGGCGUGUUUGCGAUGCAUAAAGACGUUUGUGGAGGCCAGUAUUGACACGGGAUCAGUGAACGAUAGAUUGACUGGCAAGGAGCUGGGUAACUCGAGGAAGAAGAAGACUGCGUCCAAUAAUGCUGGGCGCCGUGGCAAGGAGUCUUCGCACGCGAUGAAGGCCCGAGCUGCGUCUCCGACUGCUGGAGACUACAAAUCUGGUGAUGGUUCAGCGUAUGAUGCGGACGAGAGUGAUUCUGAUGACUUACCUGGAGGCUAUCAUCAGGCAGCCAUACAGCUACUGGAUUUGCUGCAUACGUUGCACACGAGGGCAGCAAACAUCUUCUCGUCGUGGGCAGAAGAAGGCGAAGCGUCAGUGUAUCUAGAAUCGCUUUGGGAAACAGCGUGGUGUCCAUUGCUUCAGGCCAUUGCGAGACUCUGUUGCGAUCAUCGGUGCCUCGUGAGGACGAAUGCCGUCACUUCGUUGCAGAGGGCGCUGCUUGUACCGGACUUGCAAGUACUGACACCUUUGGAGUGGGAAGGAUGCUUUCACCGCGUCCUGUUCCCGUUAUUGGGCGAGUUGUUGGCGAGUGCAGGAAGCCCUGGGCUGAGUAGUCUGGGACCCGUAAGUGGCCUGGAGGAGACGCGUAUGAGGGCGGCGACGUUGCUGUCCAAGGUGUUUUUGCAACAUUUGACGCCGCUACUGGCCCUGCCGACGUUCACUGCGCUCUGGCUGUCGAUUUUGGAUUGUAUGGAGAAAUUUCUGAGCUGCGACAGCCGCACCGACCUCUUGUGUGAAGCCAUCCCGGAGUCGCUGAAAAACAUGCUCCUGGUAAUGGAAACUGCUGGCGUUUUUCGUGGUCCUGAAGCAGGGUCACAUAACCAGUUAUGGGACCUUACCUGGGAACGUAUAUCUGCGUUCAUGCCGAGUUUGAAAGAAGAGUUAUCACGAGCCCAAAUGCAGCGCCCUGUUUUGCCUCUGACGACGCCUGCAAGCGGUGCUAAUGAUGGAGAAAAUUGGAGGAGAUUGGAUGGAGUACCGGAGUCGAAUGUCAAAUCUGUCGUGGAAACUGGCCUGUCGGAGUUGACUGAAGCUGUCGUGAGUGCUGCGUCGACACCUGCUACUGCGGACGAAGAUUGCGGUAGCAACAGUGGAGGAUUUGAAAUUAUUGGAUCAGCGUCGACGACGUCCUCGUCUCCGAUACCCGCAGUUUCCGAAGGCGAUGCCAAAGAUGGCCAUCCGACGAAUGAUACACUAGUGGAGGAAUCGGAUGCUUUGAAAGAGGAGAAAGGAGUCGAUGUCGCCAAGUGCAGUCCGUUACCCCUGCUGUUGACCCCGCACUUGAUUGAGCCCGUCGGAUUGCCCGUCUUUUCGCCGCAACACUAUUUCGGCGCCUCUUCGAAUGACGGGUCGCCUGGGGACGAUUUCCUCUCUGGUUCGAAGCAUUGA